AUGAAGACCCAGAACAGCCAGCCGAAGCAAGCGGACAACUUUCACGACUGGACCGCCGAGCUGGGUCAGGAGUCCUCCAUCCACGGCGUACCCUACAUGGCCCGCAGGGAUCUCCACUGGACCGAGCGCCUCUUCUGGAUGGCCAUAGUCCUGGCCUCGGCCUACUACGCCAUUAACAGCUGCCUGGCCCAGUGGGAUCGGUUCCGGGAAAAUCCCAUUGUCUACGAGUAUGAAUAUCUCUUUGCGCUGCGCAACUUUACCUUCUUAGGGCUCACAUUGUGCACCAGCUUUUCGGAUGAGAAGUCGAUGGAGCAGGUCAUAAACCAAACUUGGGGAGUGGACUCCAGACAAGACCCAGAAAGGGCAAAGUACUACAAGGAGUUUCUGCGCGUGCUUAACCACCUUCAGUACAAGACACUGGAAAACUUAAGGCCAUUCGAGAACGAUACAAGUCUGGAGAACUUGAACUACGUGAGCAUGCUGCUCAAACUUCAGGAGAAGAUUCUUCCGAAUGAAAUCCCUAUUCUCAUGGCGCCGAUCAUAACGGAGGUGGGCUUAUGCCAAACCACCAGCCAGCUAAAUCGAUACGGCAAUCCCUACGGCAAAAUAGAAAACAUGGAAGUUGCGGAAGUGCAAGAAUGCGGCUUUUUCAGCGACUGCCACUUGAUGCACAAGCCAUUCAAUAGCGUUAAGACCCACUUGUUUCUGUACCUGCACGAUGUCAACGAACUUAUGCUGCCCGACGAUACACGCACAAUCACUUUCGAUGCCAAGGUCCUAAGCUCCUAUGUUAUCGGGCUGAUGCUUCACUCGAUAUCGGCGGAUAGAGAAGUGCGAAACUUACCGGUGGCAUAUCGCAAGUGUCGCUACGAAGACGAAAAUGAUCUUGAGUACUAUAGUCCAUAUCAUCCGAGCCUGUGUCGACUGGAGUGCCGAAUUAAACAUGCACUGAGCCUGUGCAACUGCAAGCCCUAUUUCUAUGUGGCAGCUCCAGAAGCUCCGGUUUGCAACAUAACCGGAAUGCUAUGCCUGGCCCGCUCUAAGUGGCUGGAAAAACCUUGCGAUUGCUUUCCACUGUGCCGGGAGAACACCUUUAACAUUUUCCAAGAGGAGGAGCAGAGUGGGGGCGAUGAGAGCUACGCGGGCGAGCAAUUCGAGCGGACGUUGAUCAUCAACAUGAAGCUCCCCAAGAUGGGCAUGAAACGGCGGGUUGUUUUCAGCACGGAUCAGUUGAUAAUGUCUUUUGGCGGAGCCAUCGGCCUCUUUCUGGGUGCCAGCUUCAUGACCAUAUACGGUCUGGUCUACCUAUUCCUAACUUUUGUGGCUUAUAAAUGCAAACACCGCUUAUAUGAUAUUUAAUGAAAAAACAUUUGGAAAUUCCACCUAAUCUGAACUAACUUAUUUUGUUACUAACAAAAAAUGAGCUUAAAGUCCCAUUUUACUUAAUUAUUUAGGAUUUCAUAAUAUUUUUAAGGAUGUCUUUUAUGUCUUUUAAUAUAUUACCUAUAAACCUAAAAUGUUGUUAAGAGGAGCACAUAACUUUUAUAUAUAGUUUAAGUUUUUUCUUCAUCCAACGUUUAUUUUAAAGAUUUAAAAUCUUUUUAUACAUCCGUUAACAAAGUUUUUAUAUUUCCUUUAACAUUUUUAACGAUCUUGAAUAUAUAAAAAACACUGCUUUGGGUACACUCGCUUACAUACUAUAAAAGAUAAAAUGCUAGAAUAUCAAGUACCACAAGUUUCUUUACUAUAGCCACAUUAACUUGCAAAAUAAACAUAAA